AUGGCGGCUGCCGUGGAAGAGAAGACGACAACAACGACGGCUAAGGAAGGCGCUAACCUAUUGGGGAAGCCAAAGUACAAGAAACUCGAGAACGGGAGAUUCAGAUGCGUGCAAACUGGUCACGAGCUACUCGAGAAAGACGAGAAGGUUUAUUCAGAGAGUAAACGGUGCCGUUUAGGGCUUAUUGAUCAUGCCUUAUCACACAACAAGCCACCACUUAACUUGUUCGAGCAAGAUCCUAGCUCUUGUGCGAAACUGAAAUGUAAGCUAACGGGUGAUACGGUGAACAAGACUGAGGAACAUAUUUGGAAGCAUAUCAAUGGACGACGCUUCCUCAACAAGUUAGAGGAGAAGGAAAGGGAGAUAGAGUCUGGAUGUAUUCAAACUGUGGUGAAGGAAAAUGGGGUAAAGGAAGAAAAGAAGAAGAAUAAAAAGAAGAAGAAGAAGAAUAAGAAGAAAAACAAGAAGCUAGAUGAGAAGGAUGAGAAUGGAGAGGAUGUUGUUAUGGAUGAAGUCGAACGUGAGAAUGAUGAGGAUGUUGAAGAGAAGGAGCUUGAAUUUUGGAUGCCACCAGAUGGAGAGAGGUGGGACUUUGAUGAUGGAGGAGACCGGUGGGGAUCAUAUUCGGAGGAGGAAGAAGAAAAGAUUGGGGAAGAAGAUUCAAUAGGUGAGAUCGAUGAAGAUGGAAAGAGUAGCUUGGAUGAGUCCAUAAUAGGUGAAGUUGAUGAAGAUGGCAAAAAUAGUUUGAAUGAGACUCUUGAAGGGACUCUUGAAAGUAAAAAGAGGAAGCCUGAAGAACUCAAUAGCCUUCCUUCCAAGAAGAAAAAGAAGAAGAAGGUCAAAACAACAGCUUUAUAA